AUGGAGCUUCUCAGCCAGUCGAAGAAGGAUCCCCAGAAUGCCCCAAGAACGACUUUGAAGAGGCGCAGCAGCUUGUUCCAAGGGGUUAAAGAUGCCCAGGAAAUCGGCGUCGUUCAAGUGGAAGAACCGACAGAAAACCCCAAGCUCGGGCCGAAGUCCUUUGCCCAGAAUACUCUCAAGUCAUGGGGUCUCCAUUCUCUGUACCGGCUAUUCCAAACCGUCCUUGAUGCAGCAACAAAGAAAGCCAAAGCUUCCAUUAAGACCCACAAGAAAGUUGUCAUCUUCAAAAGUCGGCCCAUGGCACUUUUGGCAUCAGCCGUACACCUUCCCCCGAUCGUCGCGACUGCAGUAAUGAGCAGGUUUCUUUACAAAGAGCACUGGGUUGGCGGAACCCUAACUCCCAAUGGCAAAUGGGAUACAGAGGCCGAUCUCGCCAUCCAAUUCACGGCUAAAUUCCUCGAACUCUUCAUGGUUGCAUCUCUUACAACCAUGAUGUUCACUUUUAUUCUCAGAGAGAUUACCAUCAGGAAGGGCCUGCCGCUGGCUGCAAUCCUGGCCGCUACCGACUUCAAGUCCCCAAGUUUUGUCUGGUCUGACGAGUUUUUCGCCAUGAUCCUGGCCCCCUUCUCAUGCAUUUGGAAGAAGGCAUUCUUGUUAUGCUUAACGCUUGUCUGUGCAUUACUGGCCAUGGUUGUUGCGCCGGCUACUGCCACGAUCCUCUUGCCGAGAGAAGACUGGUAUACUAUGGGUGGUACAACAAUCUUCAUUAACGCAACGAACGAAGACAUAUUCCCGACAAUCAUAAAUGCAAACCAUACUCUGGGUGGCGGUGUUUGUGAAACCGCGGGCGUAUCACACUGUCCAUCAUCUGGCUGGGACUCUCUCAAACAUCUGGCUGCCUACUUUCCGUCUCAAAAGCUGAUCAGCUAUCGCGAAGGAGUGUUGUGGCAACCUAUGGACAGCUUCGUUUUACCCACGCUGCAAGCUCGCAUCCUGAUGAGUAUUCGCACACGCCAUCCCUACGCGAAUGAAGGGCCACAGUUCAACCUAGGGGAUUUGAACUGGAUCGAGUCGUUGGUGAACCUGCCUCAUCACACGUCCGCUGCGGCGUUGGUGGGGGCGCAGGCAUUUUGGAGCCCAGCCAUGAGAAUGAGGUCAUUGGAAACUGACAGCAACUUGCACGGGACGGGCCACAGGUUUACUUCUUGGCACCAGGUGGCCGCACUUCAAACGCGAUGCCAAGCGACAAUAUCUGGACCGACCGACUUGUUCAUUGGAGAGCAGCCCCUUCUUUUCCCCAACAUCAUGUGGGGAGGGGCUCCGUACCUGGAUACUUCCAUGAGAUAUCGGAGCAUUGAAACAUUCAUAGGGAGCCUAAACAGAACGGCCCCGCAGAUCUUGUUCUUCGACCUCGAACCAACGGACCCAUUCGCAAGUAGGGUUUCCAUCGGCUCCGUCGUUUCAAUCCCCUUGCAGAAUGGCUCUUUAGCUAUGUACGGAUGUUUUACGAAUGCUCGCUGGCGCAAUCAGACUCUUGAAACGAGAUUGGAUCAACCAAUUCAAGGCAAUCUCUGGCCCUACAAUCCCCAAUGGAAAGGAGACAUCACCGUCAUUCACUCCUCAUACGCAAAUCUUACGAAUCCUCGGGUUGGCGACACAGAUGCCAGGGUAUUUCAGCACCUAGCUGAGGCUGCUAGGCUCAGUGAGAAUGCGGAAACACGUCUUAACUGGACUUUCGGCCCCGUAGAGACUAUCAUCAACGGGAUGCUUGGAAAUGGCAUGGCGCGCACAGCACCAUACGCAGGUCCCAUCUGGAGCCUCAAAGAUGCCAACGACACUUGGUGGCGUCACUUCUUCUCUCAUAGAGGCACCAUCGAUACUCAUGAAAACUUCAACAACACGGCUUUUGACGUGCCCAGGGAGGAUCAGGCCAGACUAGCCAAGUUGAAUUUCAUGGGCGAAUCGUUCGGUGUUGUUUAUCCUAUGGAGCUUGAUAAGUGGCAUCACGAGCUCAAGCUGGGAUUCAACGCCCGAGCUAGUAGCUUUGGCAAUGCGAAGCUAUCCCCCUGA